UUCACUUGCUGGGCUGAGGAGGCUCCAAAGCAGCUUGUUCCAACCCCAGGCACCUCUAAGCACCCAGAUUACACAGACAGUGAAGAUGGUGGUGGGCCUGUUGGCUUCCAUCUCUAUUUCAGAGCUUCUCUUGGCUUUUGUUGUCUUCUGCCUGAUCUACUGGGUCAUUGAAUCUUACUCUCAAAGUCCCAAAGGACUCAAAAGACCACCUGGACCCUGGGCUUGGCCUCUGAUUGGCAACAUAUUGACUCUGGGAAAGAAUCCUCACUUGGCCCUGGCCCAACUGAGAGAGAAGUAUGGGGAUGUGAUGCAGAUUCAGAUUGGCUCCACCCCAGUGCUUGUGCUGAGUGGCCUGGAAACCGUCAGGCAGGCCCUGGUGAAGCAGGGGGAUGACUUCAAGGGCCGACCUGACCUCUACACCUCUUCCCUUAUUACAGAUGGCUAUAGCAUGACCUUCAUCCCUGAUUCAGGGGAGGUCUGGGCAGCUAGAAGGAAGCUGGCCCAGAAUGCUCUCAAUACUUUCUCCAUAUCUGCCUCCCCAUCCUCUUCCUCCUGCUACCUGGAGGAGCAUGUGAAGAAGGAGGCUGAAUGCUUGAUCCAGAAAUUCCAGGAGCUGAUGGAUGGGGCAGGAUGCUUUGACCCCUACAAUCAUGUGGUGGUAUCUGUGGCCAACGUCAUAGGUACCAUGUGUUUCAACCAAGGCCAUGCCCAUGAGAACCAAGAAUUGAUGAGAAUCAUUACCAAAAGUCACGAGUUUUCUGAAAGUGCCUUCUCAGGCAACCCAGUUGACUUCAUCCCCAUCCUCCGCUACUUACCAAACCCCAAACUGCAAAGAUUCAAGGCUUUCAACCAGAAGUUCUUAAAAUUCAUGCAGAAAACCAUCCAGGAGCACUACAGAGGCUUUGAUCAGAAUAAUAUUGAAGAUAUCACUGGCGCUCUGUUCAAACACAGCCAGGACAAGGCUCAGGCGGACAUCAGCACCAAUAUACCAGAGAGGCUGAUCACCAAUCUCAUCAACGACAUCUUUGGAGCUGGUUUUGAAACAGUCACCACGGCCAUCUCCUGGAGCCUCAUGUACCUUGUGACAAAGCCUGAGAUCCAGAAGAAGAUCCAAGAGGAGCUGGACACCAUGAUUGGCAGAGAUCGAAGGCCCCUGCUUGCAGACAGACCUCAGCUACCUUACAUGGAGGCCUUUAUCCUGGAGAUUUUCAGGCAUACGUCCUUUGUCCCUUUCACCAUCCCCCACAGCACAACGAGGCCCACAGCCUUAAACAAUUUCUACAUCCCCAAGGGGAUCUGCGUUUUCGUGAACCAGUGGCAGAUUAACCAUGACCAGAAAAUAUGGGGCGACCCUUCAGUGUUCAGGCCAGAGCGAUUCCUCAAUGCAGAUGGCACGCUCAACAAGGCCCUGAGUGAGAGGGUGAUUUUAUUUGGGCUGGGGAAGAGGCGAUGCAUUGGGGAGACUAUUGCACGGUGGGAAGUCUUCCUCUUCCUGGCCAUCCUGCUGCAUCAGAUGGAGUUCAGUGUCCCUUCUGGAGUGAAGAUGGAUUUGACCCCAAUCUAUGGGUUGACCAUGAAGCAUGCCCGCUAUGGGCAUUUCCAGGCCCGUCCACGCUUCUCCAGGAAUGGCUGAGCAGCCAUUGUCAGGCCUGGGCUAUUAUAUCCUUCCUCCUCUCCUUCAACUUAUUGAUUGGGGCUUCUAACCCAAGGAGUCAUGGCCCUGGCAUGUACAGACAUUGCUUCUCUAGUUCAUUUUCAUUUCUUCUAUCAAUCAAACCUCUUAAUUCCUGAAAAGAAAGGGGAGGGGGUGGGGCAUGGACUUCCCCCCAAACCUCCAUGACACACUUGACAAAUGGUCAUCAAAUCUUUGUCACAAGAUCUCUAAUUUGGCUAUGGAAUCAAAUGCGACUCACACUAAGGAUGUAAUUCAUUAAGACCAUCCAGAUUGUUUGCAUGCAUGCUAUUUUCUUGCCAUGUCUCCCCACCCUUGUACUUGUGAAGCUGGUUUUGAAUCCAAGUGUAAGACUUAGCAUUCAUUUCUAUUAAAUUUUGCCUUAUUCAGUUUGAACCCAUGUUCUUGUCUAUCACCAGUCGUGUUAGCUGCUCCUUCCAAACCUUGUGUAUCUGCAGAUUUGAUAAACCUUUAUCCAAGUCACUGAGAUAAGGCCAUGCAUAGAUCCAUGGUACACUCUGUUGCAGACCACCUUCUGAGAUGCCAUGGAAAUAUUAAUGACUGUUCUUUGGACCCAGCCAAAUCCACCCAAUUAUACUAUCAUCUAGCCUGGCAAAUGUUUAACAACUAGCUCUUGAGUGUGGGGGAAGAGGGGGGAAUAUAUGCAUGAUACACUUCUAAGUUUAAUCCGCAUUAUUACCAUUCUCUCCAUCACUUAGUUAAGUCUAAACAAUCAGCAAAACCAAAAAAUCAAGCCCUGAGUUGUAGUAUUUGACAACUUCUGAGUUGUAAAUGCUCACACUGAAAAUUUUACAUAAGUUCUCACUGUACAAUUUGGCUCCAAAACACCCCUGCAUCAAUCCUACAUCUCUCCAUCUUUAAAAAAGAAUAGCAUGAAAAACUUUAUUUGCUAAAAAAUCUAGGCAAAGAUUAUCUACAGAAAUUCCCUUAGUAUUCCAGGUUAAAAAACCAGUCAAAAAGUCAGACUGCUAUUUUUUAAAGUUGUCAUAUAGAUUUGACUUUUGGAGCCAAGUAAAAAAAAAAUUUAUUCACUGUUUUACAUUAUUUAGGUCCUUGUUAUUUUUCACUCAUAUAGUUAAAGGAGAAUUAACUAUAAAUAAAAAAUAAAAUAGAUAGUGUACUAAAUGAAGGGUGGUGAACUGAGUGGGGCAACACAAGGGAGAGACAAGAGAAUGUUUAUACUAAUCAUGUCAACCCCCACCACCUCCUCUCAGAUGCUAGCAGAGACACUGAUGGACCCUGAACUGAAGAUCCUUGGGAAUAACAGUGUUUUCCUAGAUUACUGGGCCUGAUUCCAGCCUGAUAUCCACGGAUAUCAUGGAGAGGAGUAACUUCCAUGGAGAUGGCCCUACCAUCCUCACCAGUCUCACCACCACCAACAUGUACUGCAGACCCACUGUCAUGUAAACCAGAGAAGCAGCAGCAUGCCCUGUCCCCUCCUCCCACACUCACACCUCACUGGCCCAGCCCCAUCUAGAGAAUCAGCCCUAUAGUUCAUAUCUUCUCAGCAACCACAACUACUGAAGGUCAAAAAAAGAAAGUUUUUGCCAUCAAAGUCCCUGGCACUGUCAAAUGUUUCAACGUCAGAAACAGCUAUGAUGCUAUUAGUGGAAAUGGCAUUAAAGGAGAGAUGUCACCAUCUUCCUUGCUGCUGCAUGUAAGGAUCACAGGAGCUUUCCAUCUGCCUUGUGCUGAAACCUCCUAUAUGUUCUAUGGCCUGCUACAGAAUGUGAGCUCCUUGGGAGCAGGGGCUGUCCUGCUUUUCUUUCUGUAUCACCAGUGCUUUUCAUAUAGUAAGCACUUAAUAAAUGCUUUUUCAUUCAUUUAUUCUUUCAUCUAUCCAUCCAUCCUUUCACUGAUUGAACAGCCUGGGAGUAAUAAAAAUCCAAUGAACUGUUCUAGCCUCA